CGGAGGCGGGUGGAUCACCUGAGGUCAGGAGUUCGAGACCAGCCUGGUCAACAUGGUGAAACCCGGUCUGUACUGAAAACAAAAAUUAGCCAGGCUUGCUGGCACACGCCUGUAAUCCCAGCUACUCAGGAGGCUGAGGCAGGAGAAUCGCUUGAACCCGGGAAGUGGAGGUUGAGCUGAGAUCGCACCACUGCACUCCAGGAGCUUUGGAGUCAAAGGGAGCUAAUAUUUCAAAUCCCAGCUUAGACAAUCGACUAACAGUCUAUAAAUCUUCAAGUAUUCUAGCCUUGUGUUUGCCUCAUAGAAUUGAGAAUUAAGUGAGAUACUUUACAGUAGCUGAACACAUUGGCUUUCAGUCAGUUCUUCUGUUGCUCAGUAGUCAGCUGUUCCACAAUCCUCAAGCCCAGUUUUUUUCCUGGUUUUGCUCUGUCCUCCUCUCCCCUCUCUAGAUGUACCUUUCCCAGGGCUCCUGCAGGGACCUCCUUGGUGCCUCAAACCCGCACAUGGCAGAACACAUGUUUGUGCAUAGCCAGGAUUGGUCCCACACCUCUGUGUUUUUUUCCCCAGGGCACUUCCUCACAUGCCAGUGCAACUCCACAAUACCUCAAUGAUCAGGACUGGUGGAGUCAACACAGUCAAUCAAUAACCAACCUCAACCUGAGACAAGACAGAAGAGAACUCAGAAUCUUUUUGUCUUUUGGACUCCAGCCAUGUCCAUGAUGCCUACCUUGUGAAGAUCUCUCACCAUCCAAAAAACGCAAUGUCCCUGCUCUUCUCUCGAUGCAACACUAUCGUCACAGUCAAGAAAGAUAAGAGACACAUGGCUGAAGUGAAUGCUUCCCCACUCAAGCACUUUGUCACUGCCAAGAAGAAGAUCAAUGGCAUUUUUGAGCAGCUGGGGGCCUACAUCCAGGAGAGCGCCACCUUCCUUGAAGACACCUACAGGAAUGCAGAACUGGACCCCGUUACCACAGAAGAACAGGUUCUGGACGUCAAAGGUUACCUAUCCAAAGUGAGAGGCAUCAGCGAGGUGCUGGCUCGGCGGCACAUGAAAGUGGCUUUUUUUGGCCGGACAAGCAAUGGGAAGAGCACCGUGAUCAAUGCCAUGCUCUGGGACAAAGUUCUGCCCUCUGGGAUUGGCCACACCACCAAUUGCUUCCUGCGGGUAGAGGGCACAGAUGGCCAUGAGGCCUUUCUCCUUACCGAGGGCUCAGAGGAGAAGAGGAGCGCCAAGACUGUGAACCAGCUGGCUCAUGCCCUCCAUCAGGACAAGCAGCUCCAUGCCGGCAGCCUAGUGAGUGUGAUGUGGCCCAACUCUAAGUGCCCACUUCUAAAAGAUGACCUCGUUUUGAUGGACAGCCCUGGUAUUGAUGUCACCACAGAGCUGGACAGCUGGAUUGACAAGUUUUGUCUGGAUGCUGAUGUGUUUGUGCUGGUGGCCAACUCAGAGUCCACCCUGAUGCAGACGGAAAAGCACUUCUUCCACAAGGUGAGUGAGCGUCUCUCCCGGCCGAACAUCUUCAUCCUGAACAACCGCUGGGAUGCAUCCGCCUCAGAGCCUGAGUACAUGGAGGAGGUGCGGCGGCAGCACAUGGAGCGUUGUACCAGCUUCCUAGUGGAUGAGCUGGGUGUGGUGGAUCGAUCCCAGGCCGGGGACCGCAUCUUCUUUGUGUCUGCUAAGGAGGUGCUCAACGCCAGGAUUCAGAAAGCCCAGGGCAUGCCCGAAGGAGGGGGCGCUCUCGCAGAAGGCUUUCAAGUGAGGAUGUUUGAGUUUCAGAAUUUUGAGAGGAGGUUUGAGGAGUGCAUCUCCCAGUCUGCAGUGAAGACCAAGUUUGAGCAGCACACGGUCCGGGCCAAGCAGAUUGCAGAGGCGGUUCGACUCAUCAUGGACUCAUUGCACGUGGCAGCUCGGGAGCAGCAGGUUUACUGCGAGGAAAUGCGUGAAGAGCGGCAAGACCGACUGAAAUUUAUUGACAAACAGCUGGAGCUCUUGGCUCAAGACUAUAAGCUGCGAAUUAAGCAGAUUACGGAGGAAGUGGAGAGGCAGGUGUCAACUGCGAUGGCCGAGGAGAUCAGGCGCCUCUCUGUGCUGGUGGAUGAUUACCAGAUGGACUUCCACCCUUCUCCAGUAGUCCUCAAGGUUUAUAAGAAUGAACUGCACCGCCACAUAGAGGAAGGACUGGGCCGAAACAUGUCAGACCGCUGCUCCACGGCCAUCACCAACUCCCUGCAGACCAUGCAGCAGGACAUGAUAGAUGGCUUGAAACCCCUCCUUCCCGUGUCUGUGCGGAGUCAGAUAGACAUGCUGGUCCCGCGCCAGUGCUUCUCCCUCAACUACGACCUGAACUGUGACAAGCUGUGUGCUGACUUUCAGGAAGACAUUGAGUUCCAUUUCUCUCUCGGAUGGACCAUGCUGGUGAACAGGUUCCUGGGCCCCAAGAACAGCCGUCGGGCCUUGAUGGGCUACAAUGACCAGGUUCAGCGUCCUAUCCCUCUGACGCCAGCCAACCCCAGCAUGCCCCCGCUGCCACAGGGCUCGCUCACCCAGGAGGAGUUCAUGGUUUCCAUGGUUACCGGCCUGGCCUCCCUGACAUCCAGGACCUCCAUGGGCAUUCUUGUUGUUGGAGGAGUGGUGUGGAAGGCAGUGGGCUGGCGGCUCAUUGCCCUCUCCUUUGGGCUCUAUGGCCUCCUCUACGUCUAUGAGCGUCUGACCUGGACCACCAAGGCCAAGGAGAGGGCCUUCAAGCGCCAGUUUGUGGAGCAUGCCAGUGAGAAGCUGCAGCUCGUCAUCAGCUAUACUGGCUCCAACUGCAGCCACCAAGUCCAGCAGGAACUGUCUGGGACCUUUGCUCACCUGUGCCAGCAAGUUGACGUCACCCGAGAGAACCUGGAGCAGGAAAUUGCUGCCAUGAACAAGAAAAUUGAGGUUCUUGACUCACUUCAGAGCAAAGCAAAGCUGCUCAGGAAUAAAGCCGGUUGGUUGGACAGUGAGCUCAACAUGUUCACACACCAGUACCUGCAGCCCAGCAGAUAGUGGGCACCUGAGGCGGAGCCUGCGUGGAGAGGGGUGGUGCUGCCAGCCCUGAGUGCCGUGUGGGCUCCCCCAGGGGCACGUGUGGCUCCUGCCCCUGGCCACCGCCAAGAGAAUGAAGCACCCAGUCUCGUACCAUUUUGAGCCCUCCAGCACUAGUUAUUUUCCCCCUCCUUUGCCUGCUGUUGCAGGAAGAUCUGGCUCAUACCCCUAAAGGACACUUUCAAUGACAGUUAUGGACAGCAUGGUACCAAGGAGUUGAGGCUUUUUCCAGCUUUCUCGGGUUCAUCUGAGUGCUUGAUAAGACCUCGGGAUCUCAGCAUUGCACAAUGCCUCAUGGAAGCCUUUGAGGGUAUCACGCAGACACCCCCACCUUUCUCCAGCCUGUGCGCACCUGCCCUCCUUGCAGCCCAGCACACCUACAGGUGUAAGGGAUGAUUGGAGUUUCUUCCCAGAGAGUCUGUCCCAGAAGGACUGUGGCUUGUGUGUGUUCGUCUCGCCUGUUGGCUCAGUGCUUUAUCCCAUUUGCAGAGCCUCUCAGACACGUCUUGGUGUUGAGGCUCAGUUACCCCUGGGCUUAGGCUGAGGUGGGCCCUGUGCUGUGGCCGAGGCAGCUGGAGGAGUGGGAGUAGCUCAGAGGAGAGGGCUGUUGGACGUAUGGGGAGCUGGCAGAGCAGGUGGCGGUCACUGGGACAAGGAGGGACUUGCCUCUCUUCUCAUUAUUGUGCCCCCUGCUUUAGUGUCAGUCCUGGACUUGCGCAGGCCUGUUUUGUGUAGAUGUGUUUUGGAAGAUGGCUUGGUCUAGGUGGUUGAAGGAUGUAGUAGAAGGAAGGAUGGUGGAAGGUGGGGACCUUGGUAGCUGAGGAGCGUGGGCCCCACACAAGACAGCUGGAGAAUGGGCCGUCCAUUUGACCUCGUUCUCAAGGGGCUCAUGGGUCUGAGAGACCCCACCCACUAGGCUUGAUUGCAUCCCUGUUGUGCCCUUUAAGACACAUGUCUCCACCCCACCCCCCAACCUUGCCCCAAGUGCCCUGGACUAAAUUUCCUGCGCCAGUGACUGCAGUUGGCCAAGGGACAAUGUGGAAAAUCCAGUGCCCAUCCUUCCACCCUCCCUGAUCCCCAGAAACUUCGACUGACCCCUUUGUCCUUAUGCUGAUGUUGAGUUUUGGGAUUGUUGCUGGUUGAAGUGGGGGCAGAUGCCUGUCACCAAGGUGUUGACUGUGUGAGAAAAGCAGUUUGGGUGACAAAUCCUGUGUGGCACAAGUUGGAUCGCUUCCUAGAAAUAAGCAACACCUCUCCCAAAAAGCAGCCCAGAGGGCAGGGGCCCAGCAGCCCAGCCAUCACUCAUCUUUGAGGAAAUUAGUUGGUGGCCUCUGUGCACUGGUUGGUGGCCACAUCACAGGUGAUGUCCUGUUCACAUACCUGCUUGUACUUAAAACCCUCAGUCCUGUUGUGUGGGGCAAAGUGAUGGACUCUGCCAGCUGGACGUGCUGUGGGUGGGUGUUCCCGGUGUGUGCUGGGCCUGAAUGGAUAGGCGCCACUUCACAGCAUGUCAGGGAAAAUCAGUGUCACACAAUUCCAAUGGAUUUUAUGCUCUUUUUGGGGAAAAACAAAAAAAUUCUUUAGCAUAAACAUGAAUUUUUUUUCAAUGUAGCCCCUGGGGAAUGAAUGAAAUUUUGAGCUUCUUCAAUAAGUAAAAUUAAAUUAAGACCACUGAGGGAGAGACCCUUUCUGAAAGAAGUCUGGCCAAAAG